CGCAGUCGUUCGCACGCGCGCGCGCUUUAUUUUAUCGGUUCCGCAGACGCGUCUGAUAAACAAUUUUCAUGUGCGCAUCGUUUCGUGUCUAAAAUGAGACAUUGUUUGGGUGUAGAGCCGGAGCAAGAAGAAAGCCAACAGUAAUCAAACUUAACGCAAACUCGCCCCAAUCGCUCGCAAUCUGUGCGGCAAUUAGGCAAAAGGCUGAAGAAAAGGCAAAAACAAAAAAUUAAAUAAAUAGCGCGUAAGCCAGUCCACAAAUUAUUGUCGUGGACGCGGAUGCUGCGCAGCGGGUCGAGUCAGGUGCGAGUGCGUCUGUGUGUGUGCCAGUCCUAACAACCGCGACCCCUAGCCGGCUCAAAGUGCGUGCGAAUAGUCAGCGUUGUCCGGGCAGCGGUCGAAGCAACUGGGAGUGGGGACAGGGCACCUUUGCCAGCAUUUGUCGUAAUUUCGCGUUAAAAUAAACACGCAAAGGCAAAGCAACAAAAAAGAGACUUAAAAAUUGCUCAAAGAGCAACACAUACACUACAAAAACAACAACAACAACAGCAGCAGCUGUACAAAGAAAAAGAAUCAAAUAAGAAUUGAAAUUUAGGCCAAAAGCGGAUUACGAGAAUUGUUGCUGCUGCUAACCGAAACAACAACAACAACAACAACAACGCGAGCAUAAAAGAAAGAUUUUCAUCUCGCAAAGGCAAAAGCUUUGUGCGUGCGUGCGUGUGUGUAAGUGUGCGAAGUAAAAGUGAAUUGCAAAAAAAAGAUAGAAAGAAAACAAAAAUAAAUAAAAAUACAAAAUUCAACACAUGAAAGGAAAUACCAAGCACAAUAGUCUUAAGCAAAUAAAUGACAGCACACGGUCAGCCAGGCGUGCAGAUCCUUAGAUCUAGAUGGGGCAAUAGAAAUCGACAUUCGCUUUCGCGCUCAUUAGUUAGCUGGAAGUUGCCACGCCUCAACGCCUUAACGCCACUGCCAAUUAAUUGGCUGCCAAAUAAACAACGGGCAAAACCUGAGCACAAAUUGAUGAACAAAAAUAAAGCAAAUUAAUGAAGCUCACUUUGCUCUCUUGCUAUUGUUUAAACGCGUCUGUGUGUGCGAGAGUGUGUGCCUGAGUGUGUGCCGAGUGUGUGCCGAGUGUGUGUGUGCGUGCGGACUCAGUGCAGCCAGUCAAGCAUCGCCGGCAAGUGCUCGCGUGCUGUCAUAAUUUAUCACAAUUGUCAACGUCUGGCAUAAGCGAGACAAGCGAGUGAAAGAGACUCUAAGAGAAAGAGAGGGCAAGACAGAUACGAGUGCGGAGUGCAAGUGCAUUCUUAAGAUACAAACUGCAGCUGCAAAUAUUUUGGCAUUAGAACAAAAAUAACUCGAACUGCACAAAAUACAUUAAAUCAAAUUCGUUAAAUUCAUCAAAUUCUUGACUUUCUGCCUCUGUGUGAGCUGGACAAAAAGGAAAGCGCUUUGCCUCGCCCUUGGAUUAGCCAGCCCAAAAGAAACAGCCAAAGCCAAACUUUUUCCUCCGGCUUUCGUGAAGUUCUAUGCUAAAACUUGCGCAUUAAGUUCAAGUUUAUGUACGGACGCUGGCUUAAAGUUGCCGGCUAAGGGACGUCUCAAAUCUGCCAUGCCAAAAAGGCAAUAAAAGUGCAAAUAAACAUGUAAAAGGACAUUAAGAUUCCCGUGGCAGCAGGACUUGCUUUCGAUUUGAAAGCAGCAGAGCAAACAAGCAGCGGCUGAGUCACAUAUAAAUGCCAGUGGAAAUGUGCUUUUUAUGGGCCAACUUGAAGACGAAACGAACUAAAGGCGCGUUGGCGCUUCAUUAAAGUCAAAAACGGAAACGGAAACAGCCAACAACAGCUCAAACAAAACGCGCUCACGCAUGCAGCCACAUCUACUCCCAGACACAUACAGACAAAGAGGCAUUUGUCGAUUAACUGCCCAGCAGCCACAUGCAUUGCCAUUUUGGUUGGUAUAUUCGUUUUUGGUUUCGUUGCUUUGACCCAUUGCAAAAAUUAAACUCUGCUCCAUAAAUGACGAAAGGUUUUUUCGUUCGAGUACAACGCAAUGACUACAACACAGCUUUCAAUAUCAGCAAACGACAUGGCAACAGCAAUUGCAGCUGCAACGCGAACCACAAAAAUGCGACUCACAACUUCAAGAAUAGCCACAUUCGCCAAUUGGCAAAAACAACCAACCGAGCAACAACAGCUCGAACAGCACAACACACAUCGAAAAUCACGAACGCGAACGGCGCUGUUCACAAGGAAAACGGUUUCAAUUGUCGUUUCGAUGAUGUUUCUGCUGUUGCUACAGCAGCCGCUGGCUCUUCGAGCGGAAGAGGAAUCACAGGAUUUUCAAAAGAACAUACCCGCACGUCUGGUUUGGGCCGCUGCCGGCAAGACCGUGGAGCUGCCUUGCGAUUUGACGCCACCCACGCCGCAAGACUCAGUGAAAUUGCUGCUUUGGUUCAAGGACACCACUGGCAUACCGCUAUACAGUCUGGACUCGCGUGGCGGCAACGUAAAGCUGGCGCCACAUGCGGCCAUAGCUAGCGAUCUGGGUCAGCGUCUGUUCUUCAGCAUUGGGGAUAAUCCCAAGGAUUCGCGCCUGCAGAUUAAGCAAGUUAAGCCCGAGGAUGGCGGCGUCUAUCGCUGCCGCAUCGACUUCUUCAAUUCUCCCACUCGCAACUUCAGGCACAACCUGACGCUUGUUGUGCCGCCCGAGGAACCGCGCAUCUUCGAUGCACAGGGCAAAGAAAUCUCACAAUUGGCUGGGCCAUUUCGUGAGGGCUACGAGCUUUUCCUCUGCUGUCAAGUGAGAGGCGGGCGGCCGCCACCGAAGGUCACCUGGUGGCGUGACGGCAACGAGCUGAUCGGCACCAGCCACACAUCCGUUGAGGAGGGCGCCACGGUUAUGGUCAACCAGCUGCUGAUUGGCACCACAACUCGGGAUUACUAUGGGGCGCGCAUUGAGUGCCGUGCGCAGGGCACACGCCUGCUGGAGCCUGUCACCAAAGAUGUCACCGUGCAGGUGCACUUGAAACCAAUUCGAGUGAAAAUCAUAACGCCCAAUGACCUGCUCACUGCCGGUCAUCCCAUUGCCAUACGUUGCGAAUCGUGGGGCUCGUAUCCGGCGGCCAAGAUUGCCUGGCUGCUCGAUGGCGAGCCCAUACGCAACGCCGAGACGACCCUGCACAAUGACAAAGAGGAUGCCAACAUAACAACCAGCAUACUGACACUAAAGGUAACAUCGGAGAACGACAAUGCUGAGCUGACUUGUCGGGCGACGAACCCAUGGUUCUCCGGCGGCGCCAUCGAGGACAAGCGCAUCAUACGCGUGGCAUAUCCGCCUACCGUCUCGGUGCACUUGGCCAACGAGGACCCCAGCCGCAUGGUUACACGAGCCGAGGGCCAAAACGUUACAUUCAAAUGUCGUGCGGAUGCCAGACCACCUGUCACCAGCUACUCCUGGUUCAAGAACGGCAUGCGUAUGUCUGGCGAGAGCACGGAAAUCAUGCACCUGACGCACCUGGAGCGAGAAAGUGCAGGUGCUUACGCCUGCGGAGCAACUAAUACGGAAGGAGAGACGCGCAGCUCCAGCCUCACCCUCAAAGUGCAGUUCUCGCCGCGCUGUAAGCCGGGCACAGAGCAGACCUCGAUUGGAGCCAUUAACAUGCACUCGAUACAGGUGAAAUGCGAAGUGGAUGCUGAUCCGCCAGAGUCGGUCAGGUUUAGUUGGACCUACAACAAUACGCGCAAUGUGUCACCGGUGCUGAACUCCAGGAUACAAUCGAACGGUCUGUCCAGCACUGUGACGUAUCUGCCGCAAACCGACUCCGAACUAAUAACACUGGCUUGCUGGGCCAGCAAUCCGGUGGGCAGACAGACGGCGCCAUGUCUAGUUCACAUACUGCCAGCAAAUGCACCGGAGGCGCCGAAAGGUUGCGAACUGCGCAACGAUACCGUCCUCGAGGUGGUGUGUGUGGCCGGCAGUGAUGGGGGACUCUCGCAACACUUCAUGCUGGAGGUGGUGGGCGGCGAUUUGCUAUAUGCCAGCGAGUCGGCGACGGGCAAGGGCCAGUUCGGCGAGACGAUUGGCCAGGUCGACAAUGAGUUAUCCACGCUCAACGAUCAGGCUACAUCUGCUCCCAUCUUCCGCAUGGAGGAGAACAGUCCACAAUUUCGUUUGAAUAAUUUAGAGCCGGGACGUGAAUAUCAAUUUUUAGUUUAUGCCGUUAACGCAAAAGGACGCAGCGAGCCGCCGGUGGUGAUUGAACGUGUGCGAGUCGCUGCACAACUGGGACCAUAUGAUGAAUCUAUACUCUCGGAGGAUCCGACUCCCGCGGAAACCACGCAUCAUGUGGGCGGCAGUGGCAGCAGCGGCGGCGGCGCUAGUGGCGUCGGCGCCGGCGCCAGCAUCGGCAGCGGCCCAGAGAAGGAGUCGACGCUGCUCAUACUUGCCACAGUCGUGGCGAUAGGCGCCGUCAUUGUGACGUCAAUUAUCGUGGCCGGCAUUGUUGUUGUGUGUCGGCAUCGGCCGCGGCCACCUGAGCCGCAGGAGGUGCGCAAGAGCAUGCGGCCGGCGCGCAACGAUGUGCCCUCUAUGUAUAUUGAGGAGGACGAGCUAAACGAGCUGGAGGAGGGCGGCGGUCGGGCAGCAGAGAUACGUGCCCGAAUCACGCCUGCCACCUCGCAUCUCUGCCACGGCGCUGGACCCAUGGGCGGCACCGGUGGCGGCAGCGGCGUUGGCGGCGGCAUUGUCGGCGUCGGCGGACCACAUCAUUACAUCUCCGAGAGCUUCAUCCAGUACGCGCAGCCCAGUCUAAACGGCGACGUGCUGCUACCUUUGCUUGUUACUGCCAGCCAGCCGACUAGCCGCUACCACCGAGCAGCUGCCCCACUUCACUCGGCCACAAUGUCGGACGUGGUCGUGGCCAUGUGCCACCCGGCUGCCGCAAAGCUCUGUGCAACUGCUGCCGAUGCAGCCGCCUGGCCGCCUGAAUACCCAGAUCUAAUAUUACCGCGCGGCGAAUUGGAAUUUACGACUCUGGAUCCAACGUUGAAGUAAUUGUAAAAUGUAAUAAUAUCUACCGCAGCACACACAUAGCCACGCCCAUAACCCCAUACGCCCAGUCUGUGGCAAUGCAAGGCGAAAGGAACUCGGCGACUUGAGACGUCGCGACGUAUACAAUAGGCAAAAGAUAAUUCAUGGCCAUCUUAUUUUACAUAGCUGUAAAUUUUUAGCCUAAAUUUAAAUAUAUUAAUGUCAAAGGUAAAAAUACACACCUGUAUGUGUGUGAGGUAAGCCCUUUUUUGUAUAAGUGUCAGACAAAAUGCAAACGAGAAUUCAAAAAUAAAAAUAAACCAAAAACAAACAAAAAACCAAAGCGGCUAUGCCACUCUUAAAUACACUGCAAUCUUGUAACUGAAAUCAAAACAUAAAUAUUGUAAAUAUUAUUAAAUACUCUAAUACACAGCCACACACACUCACACAUACACACCCACACACGCACAUUUUUAUACACAGACAACAAUUAGAAUAAAGCGAUUGCAGCAUGCGCCAUCAAAUGUAUAUAGAUAAGGAGAGUCAUGAAUCAAACCGCAUUUAAAUGUUAAAUACUAAAUGUAAUUAUAAUAAGUAAUUCAGUUAUUUAACUAGUUAUAAGGCCAGGCUUAGUCGCUUAGGCCAAUUGCGUGCGUGUGUGUGUGCAUUUCAAAUAUUCAAAUUGUAAUUAAACUCAAAGAGCAAAGCUAAAAGUCA